AUGGCGCCGCCUUCCACUACGCCGACCCCUCCCUCGUAUGCCUUCCACUACGCCGACCCCUCCCUCGUAUGCCUUCCACUACGCCGACCCCUCCCUCGUAUGCCUUCCACUACGCCGACCCCUCCCUCGUAUGCCUUCCACUACGCCGACCCCUCCCUCGUAUGCCUUCCACUACGCCGACCCCUCCCUCGUAUGCCUUCCACUACGCCGACCCCUCCCUCGUAUGCCUUCCACUACGCUGACCCCUCCCUCGUAUGCCUUCCACUACGCCAACCCCUCCCUCGUAUGCCUUCCACUACGCCGACCCCUCCCUCGUAUGCCUUCCACUACGCCGACCCCUCCCUCGUAUGCCUUCCACUACGCCGACCCCUCCCUCGUAUGCCUUCCACUACGCCGACCCCUCCCUCGUAUGCCUUCCACUACGCCGACCCCUCCCUCGUAUGCCUUCCACUACGCCGACCCCUCCCUCGUAUGCCUUCCACUACGCCGACCCCUCCCUCAUAUGCCUUCCACUACGCCGACCCCUCCCUCGUAUGCCUUCCACUACGCCGACCCCUCCCUCGUAUGCCUUCCACUACGCCGACCCCUCCCUCGUAUGCCUUCCACUACGCCGACCCCUCCCUCGUAUGCCUUCCACUACGCCGACCCCUCCCUCGUAUGCCUUCCACUACGCCGACCCCUCCCUCGUAUGCCUUCCACUACGCCGACCCCUCCCUCGUAUGCCUUCCACUACGCCGACCCCUCCCUCGUAUGCCUUCCACUACGCCGACCCCUCCCUCGUAUGCCUUCCACUACGCCGACCCCUCCCUCGUAUGCCUUCCACUACGCCGACCCCUCCCUCGUAUGCCUUCCACUACGCCGACCCCUCCCUCGUAUGCCUUCCACUACGCCGACCCCUCCCUCGUAUGCCUUCCACUACGCCGACCCCUCCCUCGUAUGCCUUCCACUACGCUGACCCCUCCCUCGUAUGCCUUCCACUACGCCGACCCCUCCCUCGUAUGCCUUCCACUACGCCGACCCCUCCCUCGUAUGCCUUCCACUACGCCGACCCCUCCCUCGUAUGCCUUCCACUACGCCGACCCCUCCCUCGUAUGCCUUCCACUACGCCGACCCCUCCCUCGUAUGCCUUCCACUACGCCGACCCCUCCCUCGUAUGCCUUCCACUACGCCGACCCCUCCCUCGUAUGCCUUCCACUACGCCGACCCCUCCCUCGUAUGCCUUCCACUACGCCGACCCCUCCCUCGUAUGCCUUCCACUACGCCGACCCCUCCCUCGUAGGGUGUUAG